AUGCGUGAUACAGCAAGGAGAUAUAUUAAAGUACAGAUUGACAAUGGCAGGAAAGCCUCCUUCUGGUGUGACGCUUGGACCGACCUCGGUCCGCUCAUAGAUUUUAUUGGGGAAUCUGGUCCUAGGCAGCUACGGAUACAUAGACAAGCGACAGUCUGCCAGGCGGCCCCAGAUGGGGAUUGGCAAUUGCCGCCAUCGCGCGGAGAUAAGAUGGUGCAGCUACAGGUGAGCCUCACCACUGUGCCACCACCCAGAGAUGCCAGAGGUGAAGACCGUUAUGUAUGGAGGCAGAGAGCGGGAGAUUACAAGCCCGUGUUCCACUCCUCCAGUACGCGACAUCAGUUGAGAACCCAGGGAGACGAGGUUUCAUGGCGCAAUUUAGUAUGGUUUCGAGGUGCGAUCCCGAGACAGUCUUUUCUAAUCUGGCAGGCAUUGCAGGGGCGAUUACCGACAGUAGAUCGGCUGGUAUCGUGGGGCAUGCAUAUUAACACAGUUUGUGUUCUCUGCAACGCUGACCAAGAGACACACGAACACUUGUUCUUCAAGUGCCCGUUCAACAAUCAGAUUUGGUCUUCAAUGGUUAGUCUCUGUUGGACAUCACCACUUGACACCAUACUAAACUGCAGCCAGUGGAUUGAAGGAUCAGGAAACCCGAAAGAUCGAGGGCAACCGACGAUAGUGAAGUUGUGCACCCAAGUUUCAGUUUACGAGCUUUGGCGUGAGAGGAACAAUCGGAUUUUCCGGGGGAAAUCCAGGACUGUUGAUGAAAUCAGGAUCAAAAUUGACAGGGUAAUGCGAGAUAAUCUACUUUCUAUGAAGUUUUCAAAUCGGCGGAACUCAACAUGCCGGCUACUAGAGCAUUGGUACUUUUUCAGGCAAGCACGAUCAUGGCGCUAA